AACCAAAAUUCUUUAAAACCAAAAAUCCAAGCAACUUCUGUUUCCUAGAACACAAAUUAGCCACUUGCCUUCUACUACAUUUUAUUUUUAUUAACAAUAAGGACAGAAAUAUUCAAGUUUAGCACAAUACAUAAACAAACUCAAUGAGCUAAUAUUUCCCAUGAACAAUGGCUCUCUCUAUUCUAAACCUCCUCCUCCUCUUCAUAUCCUCUCCGAUCACCCUCCCUCCCACCUCCGCCGUCACCACUUCAUCUUCACCAACCUCUCUAAACACCACCCAUCUCCUAAAAAGCUUCUGCAACACCAAACCCUACCCGGACUCAUGUUUUGAUUCCCUCAAACUCUCCAUCUCAAUCACCAUCAACCCCAACAUUCUCACUUACCUUCUCCAAACUCUCCAAACCGCAAUCUCCGAGGCUACAAAGCUAACAACCCUAAUCUCCUCCGCUGCCAGUUCAUCCAACAUCUUACAGCCACAAAUCGGUACGAUCCAAGAUUGUCAAGAGCUUCACCAAAUCACAUUAUCUUCCUUACAAAAAUCCGUUUCAAGAAUCCAAUCUAACGAUAAGACUAAGCUAGCUGAUGCACGAGCUUAUCUGAGUGCUGCAUUAACCAACAAGAACACUUGCUUAGAAAAUUUAGCUUCCGCUUCUGGUCCGUUAAAGUCCGUUCUUGUUAGUUCUUUGAUUAACACUUAUAAACACGUGAGUAACUCUCUCGCAAUGAUCCCUAAUCCGAAUGUUAAUAGCAAGAAAAAGGGUGGUAAUAAUAACACCAAGAACCGCCGUCUUUUAGGGUUUCCGAAGUGGUUAUCGGGAAAAGAUCGGAGGAUUUUGGAGGGUGACGACGGAGGUGAUGAGUAUGAUCCGAGUGAAGUGAUAAUAGUAGCGGCGGAUGGGAGUGGGAACUUUAGUAGUAUUAGUGAGGCGAUAAAUUUUGCUCCGAAUAAUAGUUUUGAUAGAGUGAUAAUUGCGGUUAAAGAAGGUGUUUAUGAGGAGUAUGUUGAAAUUCCGAGUUAUAAGACUAAUAUUGUUUUGAUCGGAGAUGGGAGUGAGGUUACUUUUAUUACUGGUAAUAGAAGUGUUGAUGAGGGCUGGACCACUUUCAGAUCUGCAACUCUUGCUGUGUCUGGUGAGGGUUUCUUAGCAAGGGACAUCACAAUUGAAAACACAGCCGGGCCACAAAAGCAUCAAGCCGUUGCGGUACGCAUAAACGCAGACUUAGCAGCAAUGUAUCGAUGCACCAUAAACGGCUACCAAGACACGUUAUACGUGCACUCAUUUCGACAGUUCUAUCGAGAAUGCGACAUUUACGGCACCAUAGAUUACAUAUUCGGUAAUGCAGCCGUAGUCUUUCAAGCUUGUAACAUCGUAUCAAAAAUGCCAUUGCCCGGCCAAUUCACCGUUGUUACAGCCCAAUCUCGCGAAAUUCCCGAACAAGACACUGGGAUUUCAAUUCAAAAUUGUUCGAUUUUAGCUACCGAUGAUUUAUACUCGAAUUCCUCUAGUGUUAAAAGUUAUUUAGGCCGACCAUGGAGGGUAUUCUCGAGAAGUGUAAUUCUCGAGUCGUACAUUGAUGAUUUUAUUAAUCCGACAGGUUGGACCGAGUGGUCAGGUGAUCAAGGGUUAGACACAUUAUAUUACGGCGAGUAUGAUAAUUACGGACCGGGUUCUGCUACGGCUGAUCGGGUUACUUGGCAAGGGUUUCAUGUAAUGGAUUAUUAUGAUGCUUUUAAUUUCACUGUAACUUAUUUCAUCACCGGUGAUGAGUGGCUUGAUUCCACUUCAUUUCCUUAUGAUGAUUCAAUUUAGAUAUUUAUGUUAGUUGUCAAUUGGGCUGAUUAAGUAGCCUGAUAUUUCCAAAUCAUACAUUAAUUAUAGAAUCUUUUUAUAUCUCA